CAUCAAGACCGGCCUGCCGAACCACGCGUCGACGAGGCGCCCAGGGCUCGUAACACAUCCCGCAGGACCAAUAUUGCUCAAGAGGACGAGUAUGCCUCCGAGGAUGAUAGCAGCCUCACCGGUAGGCGUAAACAUGAACGUCAACAUCGGCGCGAGCUGGCCCGCGCCAAACCGAUACCAAAUACCAAGAAACGCGUCAAACAGAGGGCAAAAUAUAUCGACCACACAGAUGAAGGUACGCUUAGCGUUACGGCAAUAAUGUCGAGCUCACGUCAAUUUGACAGUGCUUUCGGCAUCUGAGCACUCCACCUCUCCAUCACCGUCACCUCCUCUUCCGGCUGCUCUCCGUCGUAGACCAUCGAUUACCAUGCCAGGGUCCCUGUUUCCUCGCUCACCAUCACUUGUUCCAGAAGGCCUUAACGAACGACAUGUACGGUUCAAGCCUAACGUCGUUAGCCCAACUCCUGCCCGUCCGGUAAACGAACCUGGUCCUUCACAGUCUCGCCCGCCAAUGGCACCUUCUGUUAAGGCAGCGGUUGAUCGGUUUCAUGUCGAGCGAGACCACGCGGAUCCCUCCAUUCUCCUCCCAAAGACCUCACCCCAACGCUUGACCGGUCAGUCUUUUGUGCGGCCACUUGUUCCCCGGAAGGUAUAUGCAGACGGAGAGUCUUUACGCGUAUCUGAUGACAGUGACGAUGACGAUGACGAUGACGAGUACCCUCCGCGUAUAAGUGCUAGCGCCAAAGGCAAAGGACGCGCCGUUGAUUAUUUUAUGGGCGGAGACACUUCGGGACAUAUUCGUGUUCGAGGUAAGGAACGGGAACUUGUAGCUGCUCGAGAGGAACAGCGAAGAAAUGAAAAACGUAGGACGACUGAAGCCAACGCUGGGGAUGUAGAGAAAGAAAAGAACAGUGACAAAGAACGAAUACGAAUGCUAGAAGAGGAAAUCAGGAGACUAAAAGAUGAGCUCUCCCGAAGGCCCACGAAUGGUGUAUCGUCCCUCCCCUUCCCUCCACCGCCACCUCCACCUCCACCUCCGCCACCGCCUCCGACAUCUUUUAAUACACGAGUGCCAACAGAAAUUGGUACGCCACUCUUUACUUCGGCAAGAGCAUCAUUAAAACCUGCGCCAACGCCUACCGAGGCACCCAUAAAUCCUUUGUAUGCUCCACGAAGACAGGGUAUGCCGACCGUCGGUGUCACACCAGAUAAGAUGGCAGCAUUCUUGAACGAAAUGAAAACCGUGCGACUCAGGAAAGUAUCUAAUGGUCCUUCGGCGCCUGUUUCUCGUCAUGAAAGUAGCGAAUCUCUCAGAGAGAGAAGCUUUUCUACCAGCAGUAGAUUAUCGCAGCGGAUAGACAGCCUAUACUCGUCUUCGUCUUCAACUGCUUCGCUACCCCCGACGCUCCUGUCUUCUAUAAGGAAUCUUGGUGACGAUAAUGCUAUUCCUACAGGCGUAAAGAGAAAGCGGAAUGACACUGAAAAUACACUGCAAGACGAAUCGGAUGCAGCUGUCAAAAAGCGAACUAUUGCAGCUUCGUCUGAUUCUAGCUUCGCUUCGGUCUCUAGCUCAACUUCUUACAUACCUACAGCCGAGAAUACAGUGACCAUUCCUCCUUCUUCAUCAUCGUCCAAAUUACAACCAUGCCCACCACCCUCACGUAUUCCACGACCUAUACAACGCCCUCCUGUUGGCGCGACGCCUUCUCUCUGUUCAGAUAAUGACGGUACGAGUCUAGAUGACGCUCCGCCGUCAACUCCGCCUUUGGAAAAUAGACCGAGCUUCCUCGACUUCGAAGUCCCGAUCCGGGGUGAAUCGGACAAUCCUGACGUCGAUAUGGAUGACGAAAGAGAAGAAUCGCUUUCUCGUUUGCCAGCUUCUCGACCAGCAACACCUUACAAGCCUAAACCUUCUGUAGACGUCUUCGCUAAGCGUCCACCUGUGUCCCCACUACCAGCGCCAUCACCUCGCAAACCGCGCCCGCCGUAUAGGCAAUCUCGGCCCACGCCUGCUCCCCCAUCCCGUGAGGAGACGAGCGAAGAAGACCCACUGUCACUACAACCCUCUCAGCCUGAAACCGAUCCUGUUCCUCGUCCAGCAUCCGGGCAGACUGGGAAGGACAUCUUUCUCGCACAGGUUGCUCAGGCGAAGAAACUGCAAGAGCAUACUCGUCGUAGUAGCGUGGCGUCGACCUCUGCAGUGUCGCGGUCGCGGGCCUCUUCCGCCUCGAGGACUUCUAAAAGGAGACCGACUCUGGAUGAAGAACUAUGGGAGGCCGAUAAGCGAUUAUUGAUUGCGCAGGCUGAUGGUGACGAGGAAGACGACCUUGAAAGCGGUAUUUUCGUGGGCGUCGGAACACGAAGUAAGACCCAAGGUUUCUUGGCUCAUGGCGGUGCCGGUGGUCCUCCAGUCUUUAUGGGUGUUGGUUACGUGGAAGGUGCGGAAGAAGAGGAGGGCGGUGACCUCAGGAACGAGGUACAGGACAAGCGAGACACUGAUGGUAUAUCCGAGGAGCCAUCUCCGUCACGUCGGAAGAAAAAGCCAACCAAGAAAAAAAGGGGGAAACGCUGAGUUGUACUGUAAUCUACUUGUGAAUAUCUGUACAUGUGUUAUCUGUUUUCUUGGUGCAUCUGUUCUGAGGACUGGGUUCCUGUUUGUUGCUGGGUAGUCGUAUAUCUUAUCAUGUUUGUUUAAGUAGUUUAUUGUAUUAGUCUUUACUUAGAAUAUCUUGGACUCAAUGUAUACGAGGUUUAGUGAAUGAAAAGAAUGU